ACAGCUGUCAAAGUGGGGUCAGGGCUGUGCGAAUUGUGGUGCAAGGGAGCUAACUCUAACAUCCACAACGGAAGUUUGACUCAAAGAUGGCGUCUGCCUUAUUUCGAAGUGGCCUUACGGCUGAAAGAUUAGCCGUCCAGCAUGCCGCGCGGGUAAUGUGUGUAGCUAAUGGUGGUGUGCCCUGUCAGCAGAAACGCCACCUAUCUGUCCAUGAAUACAUGAGCUUUGGCCUAUUACGAGAGGCAGGAGUGGCUGUGCCAGCCUUCAGGGUUGCCCAGACAGCAGAUCAGGCAUAUGACUUUGCCAAAGAGCUGGGCCAUGUUGCCGGAACACCUGACGUUGUGCUGAAGGCCCAGGUGUUGGCCGGUGGAAGGGGUAAAGGAUCAUGGGACAGUGGACUCAAGGGAGGAGUUAAGCUGGUGUUUUCGGCUGAUGAAGCAAAGGAUUUGGCAUCAAAGAUGUUGAACCACAAGCUGUUUACAAAACAGACUGGGAGUGAGGGGAGAUUAUGCUCCAAUGUAAUGGUGGCAGAAAGACUGUACUCAAGACGAGAGUUCUACUUUGCCAUCACCAUGGAGAGAAGUUUUGGGGGCCCAGUGCUGGUUGGCAGUUCACAGGGAGGUAUGAGUAUUGAAGAUGUCGCAAAAGACAACCCUGCCGCUAUUCUCAAGAGUGCAGUUGAUAUUUCAUCUGGUCUGUCAAAGGAGCAAGCAGUCAAAAUGGCAGCAGAUAUGGGUUUUAGUGACCAGUGUGUUGACGAGGCGGCAGACUAUAUGCUGAAGCUCUACAAUGACAUCUUCCUCAAGUAUGAUGCUACAUUAGUGGAAAUUAACCCAAUGUCAGAAGAUGCCAAUGGACGGGUAUUCUGCAUGGACUGCAAGUUGAAUUUUGAUGACAAUGCUGCAUACCGCCAAAAGGAUAUUUUCUCUCUCCGUGACUGGAGCCAGGAAGAUGACAGAGACCAACGGGCUGCUGAAGCAGAUCUCAAUUACAUAGGGUUGGAUGGCAGCAUCGGAUGUCUUGUAAAUGGUGCUGGUCUGGCCAUGGCCACUAUGGAUAUCAUCAAGCUGCAUGGAGGCACUCCAGCCAACUUCCUGGAUGUUGGUGGUGGUGCCACCUCACAGCAGGUGACCGAAGCAUUUAGACUCAUCACAUCAGACCCAAAGGUUCAUGCGAUAUUGGUGAAUAUAUUCGGUGGGAUCAUGCGAUGUGAUAUAAUUGCUCAGGGCAUUGUAGCAGCCGCAGCAGAACUACAGCUGAAAAUACCAAUAGUUGUCAGAUUACAAGGAACAAGAAACGAAGAUGCAAAAGCUAUCAUCGCAGCCAGUCAAAUGAAGAUCUUAGCCUGUGAUAAUCUAGAUGAGGCAGCUAGAAUGGUUGUAAAGCUAUCAACAAUUGUGACCCUUGCAAGAGAAGCUGACAUACAUGUCAAGUUUGAACUACCACUGUUGUAGCAGAGCUUGGGCUCAUGACUUCUAUAAAGGACACCCUGACUAGCCUCCAGCCUGUUGUGGAUCACAUAAUCCAGUACCACCUUGCAGUGUGGCUGGCAGGACAUGUAGAUACUGACUGUACAGAAACCCAGUUGCUGUGUAAAGAGAGAUGAUACAAUGUGCUGACUGAUGCAGAAUAUUCAUUCAUGCCACCAUUAAAACAUGUUAUUCUUU